CAUUCCAGUUUGACAAACACCUCGCAGACCAGACAUGUCCGCUGCCGUGUCGACGAAGCUGACGAAGCUGUUCAACAUCACGAGUCCUAUAGUGUCGGCUCCUAUGGCUUACGCCACAACGCCUGCGCUGGUAGCAGAAGUUAUCAAAGCUGGAGGACUGGGUUUCCUCGCUGCAGGCAACGAGCCCGCUCCCAAACUCGCGCAGGCCCUCGAUGAGGCUCGCGCAGCAGUCGGCAAAGACAAGCAGCAUCUUGUUGGCUUUGGCUUUGUCGGAUGUAUUCUGGACAUGUUCAACACUGCCGCCGACCCGCGUCUCAAGACGGUUCUCGACAAGACACCGUCUGCUGUAUGGCUGGCCUACGGGAAGGAUCUUGGCAAGUACGUCGCUCAGGUGCGCGAACACAACGCGGCGCACAACACAAACAUCCUCGUUUUCCUCACUGUGAAUACCGUGGAGGAGGCACUCCGUGCGGCGAACGAACUGAAGGUCGACGUUAUCGUUGCGCAAGGCGCCGAGGCAGGCGGACGCGGGAGUGUCUACUCUCCUCCCACCGGAGAGUUCUUGCAGGCCACUCUCGCUGCCGUCCCGGAUGGACCACCAAUCCUUGCCGCCGGGGGUGUCACGACCGGUGCACAGAUCGCAGCGUUGCUCACCAAGGGCGCCGCGGGCGUCGUCAUCGGCACACGCCUGCUGUUCACGCAUGAGUGCAUGUUCUCCGCGGACAUGAAGCAAGUGCUCGUGGAGGCGGGGUCGGACGCAACCGCGCGGAGCCCGGCAUACGACGUGGCGUUCCCUCCGGGCAUAUGGCCGCAAGGCAUCGAAGCGCGCUGCAUCACUAACGCGAUUGUUGCGGACUACAAGGCGGGGCUUGACCCUCUGGACCGCAAGACAAACCUGGCAAGCGGCAAGAAGGAGUACUUGCUGGUGUACGCCGGUACCGGCGUGGGGGAUGUGAAGGAUAUACGGAGCGCAGCGGAGGUGGUGCAGGAGCUCAACAGCGAGACUAUUUCGUCGCUGAAGACUUUGGGUCCUCAGCUGCUCGCUUGA